GUACGCUCGGCUCUACCGGGCAGAUGCACCCAUCUGUUUCGCGGAGAAGCCCGUCCUCGUCGGAGUGUAGAGGGGCGAAGCGAUCCGAACUCCGAGAACCCCAGGGCCAGGGCUCAGUCCACAGCGAGAGCAGAGAACGCAGCGGCCUGCCGGCCUCCGCCCCGCACUCCCGCAGCCAUGGCCGCCGCCGCCGCCGUGGUUGCCGAGCCCAAGACCAAGUACGAUCGCCAGCUCAGUUUGUUAGGUAACAAAAAACUCGUCCGAUGAGGGAAAGACCACCCUCCCGGUAUUAUAUUAAAAAGAGAUCGAAACAUGGUUCCAACGAGAAAAUUCCCCCCCCCCUCACUAGCGGGCCGUCACCGCUCACUCUGCAACGGCCCAGCCGGAGGGUGGCGCACAAGACGUAACCCGGGAGCGGGAGGAGAUUUUUUUUAACCAAGCCAGAAAAUCGCCCCCGAGGGAGAUCGAACCCAGGACCUGUAGGUGCUACUCGGAAGCCGUAACCAUUACGCUAAAGACCCUUUUGCGUUUGUUAGGAUAUGGGGUGAUCAAGGCCAAACUGCACUGGAGAAGGCCAGCAUAUGCUUGCUUAACUGUGGUCCUACCGGAACAGAAGCAUUGAAGAAUCUCGUGCUUGGAGGAAUAGGAAGUGUGACUGCUGUUGAUGGCUCCAAAGUUGAAGCAUCUGAUCUGGGGAACAAUUUUAUGUUGGAUGAAGGAUGUUUGGGGCAACCAAGAGCUAAAUCUAUAUGUUCAUUCCUACAAGAGCUUAAUGACGCUGUUAAAGCCAAGUUUGUUGAGGAGUUUCCAACGCAUUUGAUAGACACUAAUCCUUCAUUCUUUUCCCAGUUUACUGUUGUCAUUGCUACUCAGCUUCCAGAGAGUUCUUUACUGAAGCUAGAUGAUAUUUGCAGGAAAGCAGACAUCGUUUUGGUUGCUGCACGUUCAUAUGGUCUAACUGGUUUGGUCAGGGUUAGCGUCAAGGAGCACUGUGUUAUAGAAUCAAAACCAGAUCACUUCUUGGAUGAUUUGCGACUUCACAAUCCAUGGACUGAACUAAAGCAAUUUGCAAAAUCAAUUGAUAUAAAUGAUAAAGAUCCUGUUGUCCACAAACAUACUCCAUACAUUGUUGUCCUUGUGAGACUUGCUGAAAAAUGGGCAGAUGCCCAUGAUGGUAACAUGCCUUCAACUAGGCAAGAAAAGAAGGAAUUUAAGGACCUAAUUCGAGCCCACAUGCUUAAUGUAGAUGAAGAAAAUUACAAAGAAGCUGUGGACUCAUCAUAUAAAGUCUCAGUCACUCCAGGAAUCAGUAAUGAGAUCCAUCAGAUAAUUGAUGAUGACUCUGCGGAAGUCAAUUCAUCAUCAGAAGAUUUCUGGAUUUUAGUAGCUGCUUUAAAGGAGUUUAUUUCCAAGGAGGGUAAUGGUGAGCUACCUCUGGAGGGAACAAUACCUGAUAUGACUUCCCUUACUGAGUAUUAUGUAAGCUUACAAAAGAUUUACCAAGCUAAGGCAGAAUUUGACUGUCUUGCCCUGGAGCAUCAUGUAAAGGAAAUCUUGAAACAGAUUGGUAGAGAUCCGGAUUCUAUUUCAAGAGCAUAUAUCAAAACAUUUUGUAAAAAUUCUAGGAAACUAAGGAUUUGUAGAUAUCGUAGUUUCAAGGAGGAAUUUAGCUCCCCGAUUGUCUCUGAGAUUCAGAGGUAUUUCAGCGAUGAAGACUGCAGUUACGCAAUGAACUUCUACAUUCUACUACGGGCUGUCGAUCGAUUGGCUGCCAAUUAUAGCCGAUUACCUGGAAUCUUCGACAGUGAGAUUGACGAGGAUAUCCCUAGGCUGAAGACAGUUGCGGCUUCAGUGCUAAGCGAGAUGGGUUUGAACGGAGCAUCCUUAUCCCAAGACCUGGUAACCGAGAUGUGCCGGUUCGGGGGUGCGGAGAUUCAUCCAGUGGCUGCUUUCAUCGGUGGAGUCGCUUCACAAGAAGUGAUUAAGCUGGUCACCAAGCAGUUUGUGCCUUUGGGGGGAACAUUCAUUUUUAAUGGAAUCGAUCUCAAAUCUCAAGUUUUGGUGCUAUAACAUGGAUGUGGAGCGUUGGAUUUGAGCUGGUCCAGAUUUUGUGCCAGGGCACCGCGCUGCCCAACGAGUACCCAAGUCUCGCAGAAAAUAUCAAUACUUGCUUCGUAUGAUUUUUUGCCAAAUGACUAGCAAAUUCCUAGCUCACGCGGCUGUUAUGCGUAAAACCAGAAGAGCUGCUGCUUUUAGACUACGCCUGUUAUAUAUUAGUAGGCGAAGUAAUAUGUCAGUGGGGCUGAUGUGAUAAGAUGGAUGGUGUUAAAGACUAGCGUGUGCGCGAUUUGACGAAGACGACUACGAGACGGGAUGAGCAAUGAGCAUGUCGGCCGAGCUAUGGACGCUUCCAUCAUAUCAUGGACCGACAUCAAUGUGCAUAUGAUCUCAGGUGUCCAUCGACAGACCGAAUCUUCCGUGGCCAGUAUUCCUUCGGCGACGCGGUUGCCGUUAGACGAAGGAAACUGUCGUGUGACAGCGAAAUGUGGUUGCUACAUGCUGGUAGCGCACAUAGCACACUUUGGGCGUGUUUGGUUCGGCUUUUUUCUAAAUAGCUUUUCUGAAAAGCUGGCUGUGGAGAAAAGCUGGCUGUUGGGAAAAACUGGUGGUUAGAAUUUAGGUGUUUGGUUCGCCAGCUGUGCAAAAAAGUUGUUCGUUAGAAUAUAGGUGUUUGGAUACACAGAUUCUCAGACUGCAGAUUCUGUUUGAAAAAACUAUACACAUUAACACCGAACCAACAAAAGGUCAUUACAUAUAA